AUGUCUUCAUCAAGAGAGCUCGAAGAAGCGUCCGAAUUACCCUCCGAUGAAGCUUUUGAAGAAAUAAACAAGUAUAUUAAAUGUGUCUACGACAUUCUGAAACAGGAGGCGAAUAAAGUUCACAAAGAAAGGAAAGCGUUUGAUGAGGUGGCGGACAAGCUUGAGCAUGUCCACUUCUCAAAGAUGCUGAAACUUAAUGUUGGUGGCCACCUUUUCUCGACAAGUUUGUUGACUAUGAAUAAAGAUCCAGGUUCCAUGUUACACGCCAUGUUUUCUGGCAGAUUUGACACAAAACCUGACGAGGAUGGAUCUUACUUCAUUGAUCGAGAUGGAACCCACUUUCGGUACAUUCUGAAUUAUUUGCGCACGGGGGAGCUGAUCGUCCCUAAUGACGAGAUUAUUCGCAGAGAACUGCUGGCAGAGGCCAAAUUUUAUCAAGUCGAAGGAAUAAUAAACGAGCUGGAACCAACGCCAUCAGCAAAUCCAAUCCAGACUGUAACUCAACCGUUCAAGGAUUCAGUGAUUCUCUCGUCCAAUCAGAGGCAGACUUUGAUGAAUUGGUUGAAGAACACACCGGGCGUUUCCAACAGCGAUGAGCUUUUGUUGUACCGAGCUUCUAGAGAUGGUUGGUAUUCUUACAACUUUCACUCCUGUUGUGAUAACAAAGGGCCAACAGUUACAGUGAUCAAGAGUGGAGAUAAUAUAUUUGGAGGAUUUACUGAACAAAGUUGGGAAAAUAGUGGAUCAUACAAAAGUGCAGAAAACUCGUUUCUGUUCAGUCUUGUCAACCCGAGUGGUCUAUCACCAACAAAGAUGCCUUUGAAGAGUGGACAAGAAAGAUAUGCUAUGUAUUGUCAUACUGGCUAUGGACCAACAUUUGGAGGUGAAAAUUAUCAUGAUCUUUGUAUUUUCAAUACACCAAACUGCAACAAUAACUUUGCAUAUUUGAAUAACGCUUACCAAUGUCCAUCAGGACAAAAUGUCGAGACGUUUUUAACAAGAAGUGAGACAUUCAGGGUGAGUGAAAUGGAAGUUUAUAGAAGCCCCGGCACUCUGUAUGCACCACAGGAAGCAUUUUUUACAUAUGAUCUAGAGGUGUCUGGAAAGAAAAAAAGUCUUGACAAAUUAGGAUCUUUAAAGAAAACAUUGAAUAUGUGGUUCCAAAGAGACCUCUCCAUCGUUGGUCCAGAUGGCAUGGCAGCUGAUUGCGUGCAAAACUACGUAGGUUCCAUUUUACAUGCCAUGUUUUCUGGAAGGUUUGACACAAAACCUGACAAGGACGGAACCUACUUCAUUGAUCGAGAUGGAACCCACUUCCGGUUGGAAAGUGAGAGAGAGGCAGAGAGCAAGAAUUACCCGACGAAAAACGAUUCAAGUACCACGCGAAAGAGACGAGCUGGAAAGGCCUCGAGGAAAUAUAGAGAGAUGAAAAUUCAAGAGGAAGAAAAGGCCCAAACAAAAUGCAAAGGUCUGAUGAAUACGAGAGACAAGGAAUUUGAGAAAACAGUCGAAGAAGCAGCCAAGAACGAAGAGAAAAUAGGCAUCGAAGGAUAUGAAAACACAGAUAAAAUUAGGAGGAGAAAUACCGCGGUCGGUAAGAUUUGCAAAGACGACGAUGGAGAGGAUUGGCUUGGUUACGAUAGCUGCGGCCAGUUUUUCCAUGCAAGUUGUCUGGAUGUGCCUUUCGCGGAGACGCUUACGCAACAUUUCACCUGCCCUUAG